UAAGCCUCUAACAUCAAACAUGUCCCAGAAUUUCUGGAAACAUGAGAUACCAAAAAUCAAACACCAACAACAUGCAUGACGUUGGUUUCGUUCUGCCAAAAAGAAACCUCUCUUACCUAGAAAGAAAGUCAUCUUCCAAAUGUCAUGUUACUACAUUAGUUGAUGCAGUAAUUAUAAGAUCUUUUAAAUUUUCUCAUUACAAAAUGUAAAAAGGUAAAAAAAAAAAACAAAGGGGGGGACAAAGAGUGGAAAAAUGAUGGGUAAAGAUAGUAGUGUGAUGAAAGCAUGGGAGGCAACAGUACGAAAGACUCAAGCGGUUGCAAAGAAACGUGCCAACAGCAUAUUCGGGACAACGUAUGUGGCACAUGCAGAUGAAGAAGAGAACAACCAGGAUGAGCAAAGUGGAAGUGAAACAUCAUCAGGAUGCGAAAUCUACCACGCAGAGAGGGUUCUUCCAAAUGGGGAUUAUUACAAAGGAGAAUGGGCAGAUAAUUUCCCACACGGGAAGGGAAAAUACUUGUGGACGGAUGGGUGCAUGUAUGUUGGAGAAUGGUUCAAAGGAAAGACAAUGGGAAAAGGACGGUUCAAUUGGCCAUCUGGACCGAGUUAUGAAGGAGAAUUCAAAAACGGUUACAUGGAUGGAAUAGGAACAUACACGGCCUCUAAUGGGGAUACCUAUAAGGGACAAUGGGUGAUGAAUUUGAAACACGGACAAGGUGUGAAGAGUUUUGCGAAUGGGGAUUGCUACGAAGGGGAAUGGAGAAGGGGGUUACAAGAUGGGCAAGGGAAGUAUAAGUGGAAGGAUGAGAAUUAUUACAUAGGGGAAUGGAGGAAUGGGUGUAUUUGGGGGAAAGGUUCGUUUGUUUGGGGUAAUGGGAAUAGGUAUGAUGGGUAUUGGGAAGAUGGUUUGCCAAAAGGGAACGGAACUUUCAAAUGGGCUGAUGGGAGUUUUUACAUGGGGAAUUGGAGCAAGGAUCUGAGGGAUCAGAGUGGGACAUAUUAUCCUUCUUCAGGGUCAGCGUCCUCGCAAGAUGGUCAUCUUGAGUGGGAUCCAAACCAGGUGUUUGAUGAAUUGACUGAGUAUCUGAUUUGUCCAGGGGAGAAAGUUUCAAUUUUGCCGUCGCAGAAGCGUCUCGCGGUGUGGCGGUCAACAAAGGGAGGGGAGGGUGCGAAGCCAAGGAGGAUGUCGGUGGAUGGGAGGGUAAGCGUUGGGCUGGAAAAGCCAAGUGAUAGGAUGCAUUUGUGGGGUGGUAGUGGUGGGGAGGGUGAUAAAACUCCAACAAGACGAGGAGGUGCUAAUUUGGACCAGGAAUUGUUGGAUUUGCAUAUAGAUGGUGCUAAUCUAAGAGAGACUCAACUCCUUACUCUCAAAGCACCAAGGAAAUCAAAGAGGCAAGGAGAGACCAUAAGCAAAGGACAUAAAAAUUACGAGCUCAUGCUCAAUUUGCAAUUGGGAAUCAGGCAUUCUGUUGGAAGACCUGCGCCAUCAGCAUCACUUGAUCUAAAGCCUUCAGCUUUUGAUUCCAAGGAGAAAGUGUGGACAAGGUUUCCUCCUGAAGGAUCAAAGUAUACGCCACCACACCCAUCGUCUGAAUUCAAGUGGAAGGACUAUUGCCCGGUAGUUUUUAGAACUCUUAGGAAGCUCUUCAAGGUGGAUGCUGCUGAUUACAUGUUAUCCAUAUGCGGAAAUGAUGCACUACGCGAACUUUCCUCUCCGGGAAAAAGUGGCAGCUUCUUCUAUUUGACCAAUGAUGACCGUUACAUGAUAAAAACAAUGAAGAAAGCUGAGGCAAAAGCUCUCUUGCGAAUGCUUCCAGCUUAUUAUAAUCAUUUUCGAGCAUUUGAAAAUGCUAUGCUCACAAAGUUUUAUGGCUUGCAUUGUGUAAAGUUAACUGGACCUGCUCAGAAGAAGGUUCGUUUUAUCAUUAUGGGAAACCUUUUCUGUUCUGAGUAUACCAUCCAUAGGCGCUUUGAUUUGAAGGGUUCUUCACUUGGCCGCAUCACUAUUAAGCCCGAGUCAGAUAUUACUGAAAAUACCAUCCUUAAAGAUCUUGAUCUCAAUUUUAUAUUCCGAUUACAACGAGCUUGGUUUCAAGAAUUUUGCAGGCAAAUUGAUAGGGAUUGUGAGCUUUUAGAACAGGAGGGAAUCAUGGACUAUAGUUUGCUAGUUGGGAUUCAUUUCAAAGAUAUAUCAGAAGAAGGGGAACUUAUUCCUUCAGGAUCUCACACAUCUGCUGAGAAUGAAGGAACUCCCCAUAUUUCACGAGCAGACGUGGAUCACCUUCUUCUAGAUCCUUCCAGGUGGGAAAGUAUAAAAUUCGGUGUGAAUAUGCCAGCUAGGGUCGAAAGGACGAUGAGAAGAUGUGAUUGUGAAUUACAGCUUGUAGGAGAACCAAUUGGAGAGUUUUAUGAGGUUGUAUUAUUUUUUGGCAUCAUAGAUAUACUUCAAGAUUAUGAUAUCAGCAAGAAGCUUGAGCACGCUUACAAGUCCAUUCAAUAUGACCCAACCUCAAUAUCAGUCGUUGAUCCAAGACAGUAUUCAAGGCGUUUUCGUGACUUCUUAUUCAAAAUAUUUUCUGAAGACUCUUGAAAGCCUUACACAAAUAACGGAAAUAAGUUUUUUAUACAUGGUAUGGUUUUACAAUUCAGUUCCCAACUGAGUGACAGUCUGUUGGGAUCAAACUUGAGGGCCACACUACUUUAGGAACUAAUCCUCAUAUAUUUUUGUUUUAAUUUUGGUUCUUAAUUAGCCUCACUCUAUGUUUAACAAGUAGCAAUGUAGUAUAAAAAAUCAGAAAGCUAUACAUACAAGGAUAUGGGGAGCUAGAGUGUGACAAGGAGUUCAUACAUUUUUUGUCAAAUCAAUAUGUAAAUUUUCAUAUAAAGAAAAAUGGAAGAUCAUUGUAUAUGUUCAAUUUUUUACUUCUAUUUUCUC